GUCGGUAUUUAAAACAUGUGUAAAUUUUGCUGAGUGGAGCCAGUAUCAGAAUAAAGACGAAAAUGGCGUGCGCGGCGUCUGAAGCGAAGGCACAGGAGGAGGUUGCCAAGAAGGUGUUGAACGUUGUCGAGGAGCAGAUUGACGCCCAGCUGGAAAAGCUGAACAGGCUCGACGGCGACGAGUUGGAACUCCUGCGGCAGAAGAGACUGGAAACUCUGCGCACUGAGGAUAAACAGAAGCGAGACUGGCUGCGCCUUGGACACGGUGAAUACGACGAGGUCGAUGAAAGAGAGUUCUUCAACAUAACCAAAAAUUCAAAUGUUAUCGUCCAUUUCUACAAGCCUUCCAGUACAAGAUGUCAAAUACUAGACAAACAUCUGAAGGAGCUGACAAGAAAACACCUGGAAGCCAAGUUCAUCAAGAUGAACGUCGAGAAAUGUCCGUUCAUCACACUGCGUCUCAAUGUCUCCAUCAUCCCGACGAUCAUCCUGAUCAAGGAUAACGUGACGGUGGACAAGAUCGUCGGCUUCACCGACCUGGGGAACUGCGACAACUUUUCGACCGAGAUGCUAGAAUGGAGGCUAAGCCGUUUUGAAGUCAUCAAAUACGAUGAUGACAUGGGUUGUCCUCCAGAUUAUGCCAAGUCGAGGCAGAAGAUCAGGGUGAUUCCAAAGAAAGGUUCGAUAAGGGAAGAUAGCGACAGUUCCAGUGACUAGAUUCUGCAGCAUUUUUCUGCGGCGUACGCUUCCUUUUGCUAUAGUUCAUUAAAAAACGUUAAAUCACCA